UACGACUCCAUUAUUACCCACGGGAGUGCUGCAAGCCCCGUUAAAGAGCGGGAACGCUAACUACAAUCCCUGUAGAUCUCGUCAACGUCACGAAACAAUUUACUUCUUUCCACACACGUACCAUGCACAAACACCAAACGUUUUCUCUGAGUGUCUUUCCUUCAUUUCCUUCUCAAUUGUAUUACUUUUACCCUUAACCCCAUGCAAUGAACACAACGACCCUGCGCGGUAUGCGCACCGCCUGUCAUUACCAGCGCAUCCGAUUUGGCAUCGCUCCACGAAUAUCUUCCUUCGGCGGUCGUUCCCAAUCCCUACAAUUAACAUCCCUCUUGCUCUUCCGCUAUGCCUCAACAAGCACUGUCUCUAGCAAUAGCAAAACGGUCACCUCAAAAGCUCACCCUGUGAAUGGCCCCAUCACCACCCUCCCAGCACCCCUCCAAACACCCACUCGACAGCCCUCUCAAUCUCUCCCAGGUUACCUCUUCACCCUUGGCAAAUCCUACCUUGCCUUCUACAAAACCGGCAUAAAGAACAUCUACGCCAACUACAAAGCCUCACAGCCCAUUCAAUCCACCAUCGACAAGAAACAUACCUCGUCCCUGGUGGCAGCAGUCAAAGCUCGGUCCUUAAACCGCUCGGAAUUUCAGCUGCUCACGCGCAAUUGGCAUGAUGUCAAGCGUGUGCCGAUGUUCGCUUUGGUGUUAAUCAUAUGUGGAGAGUUUACGCCUUUAGUGGUUAUUGCUAUGACCUCAAUCGUGCCUUGGACAUGCAGGAUACCGAAACAAAUACAGUCGGACAGGGCGAAGCUUGAGGAGAGACGAAGGAUAUCGUUCCGGAAUUUGACAGCGAAAGUGCCGGAAAAGCAAGGCGUGGAAGCUCUGAAUAGGAUGCAAUUACUGCAUAUCAGUUGGAGUUUGGGAUUGUCUUCUAGUGCGUGGGAUUAUCUUGGAGGGCAGUUGCCCGGCUUACCCACGGGGAUGUUGAGAAGGAAGGUGAAAAGGAGGGUGGAGUAUUUAGAGAUGGAUGAUAAGUUGAUUGAGAGGGCGGGGGGUGUGAAGGAUAUGGAUGUCGAAGAGGUUAGGAUGGCACUUGUGGAACGAGGAGUAGAUGUGCUGGGAAAGGAGUCAAAGGGCUUAAAAGUGGAUUUGGCUGCCUGGUUGAAGUCGAGGGAGAAGAUUCCGGUUGAGAGGUUACUUUUGACAAGGCCAUCAGUAUGGCCCGUCAAAGCCUCGGAUGUGAAAGUAAAAUUAUGAGACUGGUGAAAUCAUUCACUUUCAGAAACACGAAGAUGUGAUGUAAUUGCUUGC